UGAGCUGACUGUCUGUGCUGUGCUGUUAUGUCCGCGCCGCCAACACCCAAACACAGUGCGGCAAAACAGGCAUCGUCUCCAUAAUGAACGACUGCGUUACGACCAGAACCAUGAGUCACGAAUGAGGUGCACAGGAUCAUGUCUUUUAAGAAGGAAACUCCCCUGGCUAAUGCAGUGUUUUGGGCGGCGCGAAAGGGGAAUCUAGCUCUGCUGCAGCUGCUCCUGAACUCUGGACGAGUGGACGCUGACUGUAGAGACACAUAUGGGACCACUGCUCUGAUGGUGGCCUCCUACAGUGGACAUUAUGACUGUGUGAAGGAGCUGAUCAUGCAAGGAGCCGACAUCAACUAUCAGCGAGAGACAGGUUCGACAGCUCUGUUCUUUGCGGCGCAGCAGGGACACCAUGACGUGUGCAAACUGCUCUUUGAGUUUGGAGCCUCCACUGACUGCCAGACAAAGGAUGGAGGCACUGCUCUCACUGUCGCCUCUCAGUACGGACACUCCAACGUUGUGAAUGUCCUGCUUAAGAAUGGGGCCAGUGUUCAUGAUCAGCUGAGUGAUGGGGCCACUUCCUUGUUUCUGGCAGCUCAGGAAGGCCAUGUGACAGUCAUCCGUCAGCUGUUGUCGUCUGGUGCCAAGGUGAACCAGAGCCGAGAGGAUGGCACUGCCCCCUUGUGGAUGGCAGCUCAGAUGGGGCACAGUGAAGUGGUGAAAGUGCUACUCUUAAGAGGUGCAGACAGGGAUGCUGACAGACAGGAUGGUACAACAGCAUUAUUCAAAGCCGCUUUAAAGGGGCAUCACAGUGUUGUAGAGGAACUUCUCAAGUUUUCCCCUUCCUUUGGUCUCCUCAAGAAUGGUUAUACAGUCCUCCAUGCCGCCGUAUUGGGAGGUGAUUUACGCACAGUUCAGUUGCUGCUUGGAGCCAGUGCUGACCCAACAUUACCCAACAAGAAUAAUGAACUUCCAGCCGAUCUCACUAAAAACGAAAGAAUCCUUAGGCUUCUACAUCCGAGUAUCUGUAAUGGACCCAGUUGAUGUUGGACUAGCAACCUCCGGACCGUGACGUGCACUAGCCUAAAUGAUAAUCAGUUAUUCAACUUUUAACAGUCAUGGAGCUUGCUAUGACCAUGGCCAAAGAUGUAUACUGUAUCACAUCAAAAAAGUAACAAAAUGAAUGUCUGCCAAGUAAAAGUGC